AUUUUGAUCACAGGGCCCUGUGCACUCCUCAAAGCCCUCACUUGAUAAAGACUCAGGAAGUCAGUUAGAUCUCAAAGUUCCAAGGGUCUGCGGCCUAACGGUGUUGAUUCUCAUGAAACCCUUCCACCCGCCAAGGGACCCAUUUCUCAUCCACAUUACGACUGAGAAGCCAACUAUCCCAUUGCUUUGACAACCCAUCCUGCUAUUGUCCACCUUACCGUUGAUGUGUAUUAGGCAAAGAACGGGGCCUUUUCUUGUGGUAUAUUUUUGUUCCAUCCAGGAGAGGACUCUGUGGAAAGGAAGCUGCUGAUGUUGCAUGAGACCCUUGAGAAGAGGAAUGAAGGCAGUUGAGAGGAGCUUGAGGAAGAGAUGACAGAAGCAGCCGCAGACUCAAAUGAGGACCCGUUGGAGGAAACGGAGGACCUGGAACCUCUGGAGCCAGACGAUGGGGGUACAUUCCAACAAGUCACAAACCUCCUCAACAUCAUGGACAGUGGGGCAGCAAAGACGGAUGCUGCCGGGGCAGGUCCUGACAUGCGGAAGACGCUGGCCUCGGUGAUAAUCACGGAGAAGGCCACCAGCGAGCCGUCCGUGGUGAUGAACGCCCUCAUCCGCUGCCUGCAGGUGCCCAAGAUUUCUACCCAGCGCAAAGUCAACAUUUACAACAUCCUCCAGGAGAUCAUCCAGCAGGAGGGGGAACUGGAGGAGCAGGGAGUCCAGAGGUUGGUCGCCAUCGCCUCCAAAGAGAUGAGGGAGACCCUGGAGGCAGAGGGCUAUGUGAAGGCCGAGGUGGCCAGUGACACGCUGGCGGCUCUGUCCCGAAACCACUUCAGCUUGGUGAUGUACGAGCUGCAGCACCACCUCAAGCCCCUCAACCUCACGGAUGAGUUUGUCAUCAUCACCUUGGCGAAGCUGGCCAAUGGCAACGUGUUCGAGUUCAUGCCGUACAUGGGCAUCACGCUGGCCACCAUAUUCACGAUGCUGCGACUCGCCAACGAAGCCAAGAUGCGCCAGGUGAUCUGCAGCGCCACAGAGACCUUCUGUGAGACGGUGCAGUUUUACCUGAGGCAUCUGGAGGACAGCGUGUACCCCGUGAUGACCGAAGAUCAGUUUGCCGUGAAGCUGUUCCCCCUGUAUCGCUACUUCGUGACCGUGUGGCUGAGGAACCAGAACCCCGAGGUGAAGCUGGGGGUCAUCAAAUCCCUGAAGCCCAUGCUGAACCUGCUCCUGCCCAACGAUGACCUGCGGGACCAGGUGUAUGACUACAUCCCGCUGCUGCUGGCGGAGUACCGGGGCAGCCUGGAGGCGCUCUUCAUCACGCAGGUCUUAAGGCAGAUCCUGGAAAUGUCCGUCACCACCAACACCCCAGUCCCCGAAAUGCAACUGCACACCAUUUUCACAGAACUGCACGUCCAGGUGUGUGCCAAGGUUCCUGCCCAGCAGCAAUACAGCAGCCAAAACCUGGUGGAGAUCGUACAGUGCUUCAUAGCCCUCGCCCGGUCCUAUCCCAAGGAGUUGAUGAAAUUCUUCUUCAGUCAGAUAGAGAUGAGCAAGGAGGCCAUCCGCGUGGGGACCCUGACCCUGAUUAGGGCCGUGGUGAGCGCAGAUGAGCCCAGAAUGAAUAUCAGGACCAUCUCCUUGGCCAUCCGGGUGGUCAAGAACACCCUCUCUGACACCCGCUUCAAGGUGAGGAUGGCUAUUCUCCGCAUCAUCGGCCAAUUGGCUCUAUCCGGCUACCAGGACAGGAUCAAAGGCUGGGGCCUGAAGUAUGUGUCCGUGCAGCUGACCCUGUCCACCUACAAGCUGACAAAUCACCGAGAGAGCUUUUAUCAGAGGGAUCUGGAGGAGAAGAUGGUCCAUAAAGUCACCAUGGACACCGUGAGGAUCAUAACCUCCUCUGUCAGUGGGAUGACCAAUGAGUUUUGGGUGAGGCUCCUGUGCUACAUCAUGGAGACGGAUUACACGGAGGCCUUGACCCCCAUCUGCAUCAGCCUCACUAACCUGGCCGAACGCCAGCUCCACACCAAGGACGCGGCGGCCGGUGUGGCCAGCAAGAGCAAGCACGGGAGCGUCCAGAAAUCCAGACAGCCAGGCCAAAGGCCUGCCCUUAUCAUACCUGAGGAGGUCCUAAAGUUGUGCAAACUUCCUUUGGCAGGUUCAUUCCUCAUGUCCCCUCCCCCUGCACCCUGUCCCAGGACCCCGCCCUGUGGAGAUUCAGCUGUUCUCCAGGUGUGGCUUGUCUGGGUCUCUGUGAGCCAGCAGGUCCCAUCCGUGGACCUUCCUGCACCCCAGAAACUGUUGGCCCGUCUCCUGGUGCUGAUGUCAUCCCCCUACAAGGGGGAGGGCCGUGGGAUAGCCAUGCUCAACCUCCUGAGGACCCUGAGCCAGAGCAUUGCGCCCUCCAUGGCUGACAUGUGGGAGGUGGAGAUCCCACUGCUGGUCAAGUACUUGGAAGAACAUACCGAGUUUACUUGGAAUCAGAAGACCUGGGAGGACAAGCUAAUUCAAUUUCUGAGAAACUCCCUUAAGAAGACCCGAGGUUCCAACUGGAGCUUGCGUCUGAGCAAAGAGCUGAACAACCAGAUCGAAAGCUUCGAUAGCCCCUCCCUGGAGAAGGGCUUUCUGUAUCGGGCCCUGGGCUUCACGCUGGCCAUGGGCCUGGAGGCCGACAAGGUGGAGGUGCUGCUGCUGGAGCUGCUGUACAAGACAGACUACAGCAACGACUUUGACCGGGAGGGCGUGAUUCUGUGCUUUGGCCUUUGUGCCCGUGGCCAGGUGAAGACUGUGCUGAACGUGCUCCAUGACUUCGAGGAGAGGAUCCAGGAGUCGGAGCAGUCCUGGCAGAUCGGCGCUUGGCGGAAGGACCAUCCCUGGAGGCGGGAGACAGUGAAGAGUGCCCUCAUGGUGAUAUACAGCUGCGUGGCCUCGUACUGCCACCCCCAGAUGCUCCUCACCCACGUGGACAACCCCAUCACGGCCAAGAUCAUUCACCACUACUCCAGCAGCUGCCAGGACAUCUGUCUCAAGAUGGCCUUCAUGAAGAGUGUGAUGCAAGUCACCAAAGCCAUCAAAAACAUCAAGGACCUGGAGGAUUUCCAAUUUGCCCAAAAGAUGACUCUGACGGGCAUUAUAACGGCCACCAUCAAGGAAGAACCCACCGACAGCCUGGUUUCUCCCGUGCGGACGAUGGCGAUGGAGGCCCUCUCGCACCUGAGCAAUCUGAAGCCUUUCUACUCCAUGGAGGAAAACAAUGAGCUGAUGGAUAUCAGUAUUCACUCUGUAAUUUCUCUCCAACCCCCAGCAGAGGACAAUGAGUCCAUUCAGACCCUGUAUGCGAAUGCGAUGCAUGCCCUGGAGCAGCUGAUGGAGGGUCUCAUGCAGAGGCAGCUGGACCCCAAGGGGCUGCAGGAGAUGGUACACCUCCUGGAAAAGUGGAUCUUGUCGGAGAAAGAAGGGGAGCGGGAGAAGGCCACAAACCUCCAUCUCCAUCUCAUGCAGAUCUACGUGCAAAGCAUCGGUGUCUGCAUCCCCCUGAAGCUGGGGCAGUUUGGCAUGCUGGUGGGACUCAUGGCCCCUUGUACCUGUGACUCCCACAGAAGAACUCGCAUAGCCUCAAUGGAUGUCCUGUCCAGCCUGCUGGAUCUCCAUGCAAGCCAGACCUGCUCCUCAUGGGGCCCUUCCAAGGAGCUGGAGCUUGCAAAAUGUAAGGAGGAUCUCCAGGGCCCAGAUGUGGAGAAGAUUUUCAGUGCAUCUUCCAGAAUUGCCAAGGUGGCUUGCGUGCAAUUCAACUGCGAUGAGGUGGUCUCGCUCAUCCAGAAGCUCUGUGAGAACAUCGGGGCCAUGGACCUACAGCACGAUAAGGCCUCCGUCACCUGGAUAGGCACCUUCCUCCAGAUGCGGGCCAAGGAGCUGGAAGACAAGGUGGCCGAGAUCCUGGGCGCCAUCCUGGUCCACCUGCCCGUGGUGGACCACUUGGAGGUGCGACGCUGCCUCAUCGAGGGCAUCCUCCUGCUGGCGCACUACCACCAGGAGACAGUCCUCACAUCGCUCCUGAGGCAGCCCCUGCCCAUGGAGAGGCACCUGACGGAGGUGUGGCUGGCUGUGGCAGAGAACGUGCCCUUUGCCCGGACGAUGCUCCACGGGCUGAUGGGCCGGCUGCAGUCGAGGUUCACCCCCAAGGCCAAUGCCACCUCCAAAGCUGACAUCUGGCGCCUGGCCGCAGUGGAUCCUCUGAUGACCCUGUGCACCAUCCACCUUCUCAUCCAGAAGAUAGAUGUGAAUGACAAGCUCCUGGACCUCUUCCCGGACCUCAUCUACACCCUCCUGCUGCAGCUCAGCAGCAGCCAGGGGCCAGAGGCCAUGUCGCCUGUCCUAAAGACGUGGAGACUGGUCCAUGCAGGGAUGCUGCCAGAGGAGAUCAACCUGCAGAGGAUCACGAUCCAGUCCAUGCAGCUUUUGUUCAGAAGACUCAACAGCGAGCAGCUGGUUCACACUCUGGAGGAGCAGGGCGUGUGGGCCCUCCUGCAGAGCAGCUCCACGUUCCUGCAGGGCGUGGGCCUGCUGGCCAGGCUGUGCAUGCGGAGCAUGGAGGGGUACAGGCAGCGACUCUCGGAGCUGGUGCUCAGAGGCAUGGACUCCGAUGUCCUCAGCUGUCGCAUCAGCAGCACGGCCGUCUGCGUGGAGUUCAUGAGUGACCCGGUUCUGUACCAGGAGAAACUGCUGAAACCCACGGUGUUGUUGCUGGAGAAAGGGGCCGACCAGGAGGACGAGGCCCUGCGGGUGCUUUCCCUGCGAGCCCUGGGCAACAUGGCCCUCGGUGCCCCCAAGAAGGUGAGGCAGUACCGGAAGCUGUUGCUGGAGAAGUGCCUGGACUCCCUGAGGGGGCCCGUCAGCACCAGCGUGACCUCCGAGGGCAUGGAGGCCCUGGCCAAGAUCCUGGCUGAGCUCCGGGAGGGAGACGUGGGGUCCUCGUUCAGCGUCCUCUGCGAGCAGUGCAGGGCCUUCUUCGACAGCGAGAGCGAGCUGCUGCGUUUGAAAGCCUUCGUCCUGUUCGGGCGGCUGGCGAAGGUGGUCGGGAUUUCCAAGAAGCACUUCUUCAAGGAGGAAGUGAAAAAAGCCUGGAUCCCGCUCCUGCUGCACUGCCAGGACCCCUGCCCGGAUGCAGCCCAGGUCAGUGAGGGGCAUCCUGCGGUACGCUCCGACACCUGCUCUCCCUUGGAGACACUGGAGAACCCGGCUGGGAACUGUCACCUCUCAGAGAUGCUUUCCUCACAAAUCCAUCAGUGGCUCACACUGUUCUUUCACGCUGUAUGGCGACUGCCCUGUGGGGCGUACUUCUGGAAGGCCUGCGUGGCUACCGUGUUUCAGUGUGCACACUUCUGGGGCUGGAAGGCGCCGGAGAGCAGCUCAGGCCGCAGUGACAGCAGCACGGCCGACGAGAUGACCGUCCUCCAGACAACGCUCUGCUCCAUCCUGACUCAGAAAAAACCCGCUGUGCUCUACAGCUUCUUGCUAGGAACAAUGACCUAUGUUAGUAGCAACUUGCCAAGGAUCAGAAGCGCUGCGUGCGACCUGGCAGGCGUUAUUAUGAAGCAGAUGUCUGCACAUCAUCUGAAAAAACUGGACUUUCCGGCUUUGCGGGACUGGCCUGCACGGGGGCUUCCCAGGAAGACAACUAUUUGGGCGUGGAGUCCUUCCGUACCCCAGGCCUUCUGCCCGGCUCCCCAUCACGAAUAUUUGCGAAAUGCAUCCUCCCUGAUUCCUUCAACUGAUCCGCAUGGAGCUCGGGUUCUGUGGGUGAUCUUUGUGUCCCCCCUAGAGGCUAGCAGAAGGCCCAGAUGGGGGGACGUGUGUGCAGACACAGCUCCACCUGCUGUCUCCUGGCUGCAAACACAGGGGUUCCCCUUCCUCAGCCCGCGGGAGCCCCGCGCUGUGACGAUGGUGGCUUGGGGGGAGCAGGGGGCCUUCCACUGGCUCAGCGGCCCCCGGGGCGGAGGGGACGGCCGAGCUGGGUCCUGAUUGUGUCCCGUGUCUGCUC